ACAUCGCAAUUGAAAUUCAACGCCGAUUUCAUAAAAUAAAAGAAAGAAAUUCAAUGGCGGUAAUCUCUCCAGCAAUGGCAUCAAGCAGGGCAUCACCGUCGACCUCCUCCGUCACCACCACCGUGACGAUCGAUAACAGCUCAGCUGCCUCCUCCUCCUCCUUGUCGCGACCUCAAGAAGCCCUCGUCCUCGAACUCCGUCCGAGGAAAAAGAAAGUUACUUGGAAAGAAGGAACAAUCGACAACGAAUUCAUGAACAAGAAGAGCUCUAAGAUCUGCUGCAUUUACCACAAAGAAAAAUCCUUUGAUGAAGACGACAGCGAUGAUGACGACUGUCCUGAUCAUCAUAGCCAUCCAUCGAACGGCAGCGAUUCUCCAAGGAUAACUGCAGGCCCAGCACAAGUAAUAGCACCUAAUUCUUGUUUUCAUAUAUUGGUUUAUGACCUUUGUUAUGGAUGCGAUGAACAAAUUUGAUGGGACUAUAUAUCGGUUUUGUAUAUUUUCUACAUUUUCCGUACAUAUACGUGUUGCUGUAGAAGAUAAAUUGUUUUGAUUCUAA